CAGCCCUUCGAGAGAGAAAAAAAUAGAAAAAAAUUUUUGAGGGAAAAAAAUCGGUGAAUCCAAGGGGUUCGGGCGGAUUUGGACGAAGUUUCCGAACUGUCCCAGCCCGGAGGAGCCUUGGGGGUUGAAAGGGAAUCGCCAGCACCGAAAUAAUGGACGAUUCCCAUUUCAACUCAUCAUACUUUUGGUCUCCCGUACCAACAGUACAAGGACAGAUCGAGAACGCCAUGUUUCUGAAUAAGAUGAAGGAGCACCUUGGGCAGGAGAAGAGCGUCUCUUUUUCGCACUCGUCUGCGGCGCACUACCCGACGACGGUGUUGACGGUGCCAGGGUCGGUCGCAAUGGACGUGGGAGCGGUUGGUAGGGUGCCCAAACAAGAGAGUGGAGGAGGAGGAGGCGCUGGAGGUGGGGGAGCAGGUGGACAAAUGGGUGGCGUGGGGGCGCAUCUGCACCCGCCCCACACGUCCCAAAACAUCACUGUGGUGCCUGUUCCAUCUACUGGCAUCUUAACAUCAGCUGGAUUAGUGAUCACGACUCCUCAAGGCACGCUAGUCACUUCUCCUUCUUCCUCUCAGUCUUUUAUGUCUGGACCGACCACCACAACUAUGAUUGUGUCUGCAUUGCAUCCAUCAAACACAGAUAAGAAAGAGGAUGGUAGUAUUUCAUCUGCUGUGGUCAUGCCAGUGCCGGCAAAGCGUGGCAGAAAGAAAAAGUCCAUGAUGUCAAGGGCAGGCUCAGUUUCAGCCCACGCCCUCGCCACAGGAAGUGAUGCACUUAUUCUGGCCCACCUGGCUGCUGGGGGACAGCACAACACAAGCGACCCAUACGACCUCUCCAAUGAUGAGGAUGACCAUCCAGGCAAAGAUGGGAACAAGUCCUACAGAUGCCGGAUGUGUGCUGUGACUUUCUUCAGCAAGUCUGACAUGCAGAUUCACGCCAAGUCCCACACGGAGGCGAAACCGCACAAGUGUCCUCACUGCUCCAAAUCCUUUGCCAACUCCAGCUAUCUGGCACAGCACAUCCGCAUCCACAGCGGGGCUAAACCCUACACCUGUUCCUACUGCCAGAAAACCUUCAGACAACUCAGUCACUUACAGCAGCAUACACGAAACCACACAGAGGGCAAACCGCACAAGUGUCCUCACUGCUCCAAAUCGUUCGCCAACUCCAGCUACCUGUCCCAGCACAUCCGCAUCCACAGCGGGGCUAAACCCUACACCUGCUCCUACUGCCAGAAAACCUUCAGACAGCUCAGUCACUUACAGCAGCAUCACAGGAUUCACACUGGUGAUCGGCCAUAUAAGUGUGUCCAUCCUGGCUGUGAGAAAGCAUUCACGCAACUUUCCAACCUCCAGUCUCAUCGAAGACAGCACAACAAGGACAAGCCAUACAAAUGUCACAAUUGUAAUCGUGGUUACACAGACGCAGCGAGCUUGGAGGUUCACUUAUCUACACACACCGUGAAACAUGCCAAACUCUACUCCUGUGGUCUCUGCAACCGAGCCUACACAUCUGAGACGUAUCUGAUGAAACACAUGCGUAAACACAACCCAGAUCCUCUGACUGUUGCGGCUGCAGUGGCUGCCCAGCAAGCCCAGCAGGGCCAAAACCCCGGAGGUGGGGGAGGCGGCAGGGGCCGCGGGCGGGGCAGAGGGGGUGGAUCUGCGUCUACAGGAGCCGGAACGGCUGCUCAAGCGCAGAACCAGCCAAAUCCCACGCCGCCAACCAGUUACUCCGUUACGGAGGGAAUUUCCUGCCCCUUCGAUCUGCAUCAGUACAAAACCCUGCCAGGUGUAGAUAUCCAAUAUAAACCUGUCACCGUGGGCGAUUUGACGGUUCACAAAGACCUCUGCCUCACCGUUUCCACCUCCGCCAUCCAGGUGGAGCAUAUGAACUCAUAAAGGAUCUCAAAGAGAAUGAAAAAUGGUGGGAAGAUAUAGACCAUUAAAUAAAAGGACAUAAAAACCCCACUUUGGGAAAAAGCAGGAAUUCCAAAAAAAACAGAUUUUGCCAACGGAGGACUCAAAAGAGAGGUGGCACAUGAACUGUUAUAAAUUGUCUUUCAUAAGACUUGCUCUGCAGUGUCACUAACAAGGCCUUUAGCUCUCGUGACAGCUUUCAUCAGUCAUCAUUAGUGGUCGAUGGGCGAUGCUGAUAUUGAAAAAGUGAUGUGGCUGACAAACAACAUUUGUUAUACAUAUUAUUUAUAUAUAUAUAUAAUUAAAUAUCAUAAAUAUAAUAUAUAUCGGCCAAUGCAAUAUAUCGGUCUUAAAUUAGUCAUCAUUAAUAUAAUACAGUAGCAAUGAGAUGUGCUACAUAACCAGAAUCACAGGUUAGCAAAAAUAAAAUCCACGGUUACAAAUGAUGUAACUGUUAAAACAUUUUUUGCUGCCUUAAAUUGUUAAGUAUAAUCAAAUUGGCUUCACAAGUAAUUUCAACUUAAUAUCUAACAUUUUGACUAGUAAUGAGAUGACGUCUGAAGCCAAUUUAAUGGUACGGCAGGAAAACAUUUUCAAGAUGGAUGCUUCAUUUUGUAUUCGCAUUUAAGCCAGUUUUAAAAAAUGAUUGUAAAUACAACGUAAAAAGCUGUUAUGAAGUUGUAAUGCUUUUUAUGACACUGCAUUGCUGGCCUCCUGAUUGACAUUUCAAGUAAAAGCGUAAAUGGUUUGUCACUUCUAGGUUAAACCUAUUGAAAAGAGGUGGCUGAGUUACAGACUGCACUAAAGUGAUAACGGAUUAAACGAAAGCUAAAGCUUAAAUGGAAGAUGGCACUUAAAUGAACCUUUUUAUUGUUUGUUUGUUUCUCGUCAUUACAUUUUAACCAUUUAUCACAUGUAUAUAUUUUUAUAUUUGUCCCUGUAUGUGUGGUUCGAUUGAAAAUGCAUGUAAGAGAGGAUGGAAGAAGAGGAGUGCGUGAAAACAUCUAUAAAGUUGUCAGAUUUUUUUUUAAACUAAAGAGUUUAGUCGUUUUAUAUUAUCUUGAUCCUCCCUACAAAGUGUUUGUCAUUUUCCAGAAAAAGGGAGAUAAAAAUAAUUGUGCAAACAACCAGGUACUAUUCAGUAGUGUUUUUAAACCUUUAAUACCAACUAUUAUUAUAUUAACAGUUCUUUUUAUGCAAUUAUUAUCAUCAUUAUUCAUUGGGAGUUACUGUGUGUGUGUGUGUGUGUGUGUGUGUGUAUAUAUUACAUAAAGACAUGUUCAUUCUAAAAAGGGAAGGAUUGCUUUAAAAAUGUAUUAACGGCAACAUUGGAGAUCAGAGAAUGAGAUGUUAACAUAUUCCUAAACAUCCAAUCACUGACUUCCAAGCUGUCAUCUGUGUCCAGCAAAUAGCCAGAUGAUUGGUUGGUCCUCCAUGUAUAAUCCUUGUUGUAACCCAUGAUAUGUCUUUGGAAAAUAACACAGAUCUCAAUAUUAUUAUUAGUGUUACUUCUGUCGCUCCUAAUACUUAUUAUUAACUACUCUUUAAGAUGACUUUGCUGUAUAGAUAAACACUCAUUCAUCCGACGUAACUGUUUCUCCUUAUAUGAACAAUAAAAAAGUUACACAUA